UCACUCUCGCACACGUAAAUGGUGGUGAAUGUGUGAAGGUACGUUCGUCGGCAGCUCACGCAAUAUCAUAAUCUUUGGGUUCCUUCAUCUUUUUCUGAACGGAAAACGCCGGUAUGUUGUGGACUGCAGCCCAGAUCUUCAGGACAUUUUCCUCUUCUUCUGUGGACCAGCGCCUCACCGUGCAGAGACAGAUGGAGGGCCUGAGGGAGGAGGAGAGGGAGAGUCGCAGUCCGGUUGUUUCCGCUUCCCGGCCACCCGUGUUGUCAGCUUCACCGGAAGCCAUGCAAGUGGAGGGGCUUGGCAACUCAGCGGAGGAGCACUUACGUCGGCGACGAGAGGGACGCUGUUUUUACUGCGGGCGUUUGGGACACUUGAUCGCCCGUUGCCCGACUCGACCAGGGCAUUCUGACAUCAGGAUCGCUACUCCGUGUCACUUCCAGAGUAAGCUCAAACUAGCUAUAAUUGGCCAGAGCCUGUUUGGCAAGGAGGUGUACAGCAACCUGAGGAAACACGGUCACAAGGUGGUAGGAGUGUUCACUGUACCAGACAAGGAUGGCAUGGCCGACCCUCUUGCCUUGGCAGCAGAAAAGGAUGGUACACCAGUUUUCAAGUUCCCACGGUGGCGAGUUAAAGGAAAAACCAUCCCGGAGGUACUCGAGGCCUACAUGGCGGUGGAUGCUGAGAUCAAUGUUAUGCCAUUCUGCUCUCAGUUCAUACCCAUGAGCAUCAUUGAUUAUCCCAAGCAUGGCUCCAUCAUUUACCACCCCUCCAUCCUUCCCCUGCACAGAGGAGCCUCAGCCAUCAACUGGUCCUUGAUCCAUGGUGAUAAGAAAGCUGGCUUCACAGUAUUUUGGGCUGAUGAUGGUCUGGAUACUGGACCAAUCCUGCUGCAGCGGGAGUGUAUUGUUGAACCCAAUGACACUGUGGAUACACUUUAUAACCGUUUCCUCUUUCCGGAAGGCAUCAAGGCAAUGGUUGAGUCAGUACAGCUUGUUGCUGAUGGGAAGGCCCCACGAAUUCCACAGCCAGAGGAGGGUGCAAGUUAUGAAGGCAUUCAGAAGAAAUCCAAUGCAAAGAUCAAUCUGGCUCAGCCAGCAGAGGCAAUCCACAACUGGAUACGUGGCCAUGACAAAAUCCCUGGUGCCUGGACGGUUAUUGAAGGCAAGUUGGUUACCCUAUAUGGAUCAAAAAUGUUGCAAGGGUCAGUGCCACCUGGCCAACCAUUGGACAUUGAAGGCGCAUCCAUCCCGAGCUUGGUGACAAAAAAUGGGCUUGUUCUACAUGGAACUGAUGGGAAAACUGUUCUGGUAAAGAAUCUGCAAUUUGAAGAUGGAAGAAUGAUCCCAGCUUCAAAGUACUUUUCCAGUGGUGAAACACACAGUGUGGAGUUAACCGACAGUGACAAAGAAAUUGUGAAAGAGAUGAGGUGUAUCUGGAUGGGCAUUCUCAGCAACAUCCCAAAAAUUGAGGAUACCACUGACUUUUUCAAGUCUGGAGCUGCUUCCAUGGAUGUGGUUAGGUUGGUGGAGGCGGUAAAGCAGAGGGCUGGUGUGCUCCUGCAGAACGAGGACAUUUACAUGGCAACCACAUUCCAGGAGUUCAUCCAAAUGUUUGUUCGUAAAAUGAGAGGUGAAGAAAAGGAGGACAACCUGGUGAUUGACCACGUAAUCAAGGAAACAAACAAUAUGACAGUGAAAAUGCCAAACCAGUGUUUUAUAAAUGGCACAUUUGUGGAUGCAGAAAAUGGCAAGACCUAUGAUACCAUUAAUCCCACUGAUGGAUCGGUAAUCUGUAAAGUGUCUUAUGCUUCAGCGGGGGAUGUGGACCAUGCUGUGACAGCUGCAAAAGAAGCUUUUCAUCAUGGGCCCUGGGGCAAGAUGAACCCAAGAGACAGAGGAAAUCUUCUUUAUAAACUUGCAGACCUAAUGGAACAACACCAGGAAGAGCUGGCUACUAUUGAGGCAACUGACUCAGGAGCUGUUUACACACUGGCCCUGAAGACUCAUGUGGGCAUGUCUAUCCAAACGUUUCGAUACUUUGCUGGCUGGUGUGACAAGAUACAGGGCAAGACAGUCCCCAUUAAUCAGGCAAGGCCAAACCACAACCUCACCUUUACUAAAAGAGAACCAAUCGGUGUUUGUGCUAUUGUCAUUCCUUGGAACUAUCCCCUUAUGAUGUUGGCAUGGAAAAGCGCUGCCUGCCUUGCAGCUGGAAACACGCUUGUUCUUAAACCGGCACAGGUAACACCAUUGACUGCAUUAAAAUUUGCUGAGUUGUCAGUAAAAGCGGGUAUUCCGAAAGGAGUCAUCAACAUAUUGCCAGGUUCAGGUGGAGUUGUUGGACAACGCUUGGCUGAUCACCCAGAUAUCCGUAAGCUAGGUUUCACUGGUUCAACGCCUAUUGGCAAACAAAUCAUGAAAAGCUGUGCACUCAGUAAUCUAAAGAAAGUUUCUCUGGAGCUAGGAGGGAAGUCUCCUCUUAUCAUCUUUAGUGACUGUGACAUGGACAAGGCUGUUCGCAUGGGUAUGAGCUCUGUGUAUUUCAACAAAGGGGAAAACUGCAUUGCUGCUGGACGUAUUUUUGUGGAGGAGUCAAUUCAUGAUGAAUUCAUCAACCGCGUGGUAGAGGAGUUAAAGAAGAUGAAGAUUGGAGACCCGCUGGAUCGAUCCACAGACCAUGGUCCACAGAAUCAUAAAACCCACUUGGACAAGCUCCUGGAGUACUGUGAUAUUGGGAUAAAGGAAGGGGCCACAUUGGUGUAUGGUGGAAAACAAGUGGAUCGGCCAGGUUUUUUCAUGGAGCCCACUGUAUUUACUGAUGUGGAGGACCACAUGUUCAUUGCCAAAGAGGAGUCCUUUGGGCCUGUCAUGGUUGUGUCCAAAUUUAAAGAUGGGGAUAUGGAAGGAGUUCUACAGCGAGCCAAUGACACUGAGUAUGGUUUGGCUUCAGGUGUGUUUACCCGUGACAUAAAUAAGGCCAUGUAUGUGAGUGAACACUUGGAGGCUGGAACAGUAUUCAUUAACACCUAUAAUAAGACUGAUGUGGCAUCACCUUUUGGAGGAUUCAAGCAGUCUGGUUUUGGCAAAGACCUUGGAGAGGAUGCUCUUAUGGAAUACCUCAAGACCAAAGCAGUAACUGUGGAAUAUUGAGGCACUUUUCAAGAGAGUUUCAACCAUAACUUCAUCAGAAGGAACCUUUAAGUCCAAUGAGACAGCGAGCACACGUCAGUCAUUUUUUUCUUUGUGUUUUAUAGUAAUGUAUUUCAGGAAACCGCAUUACGACAUAUUGCUAUGAGGCUAUAUGUUUUUAUUUUUUUGACCUAAGACCCGAAAAGGAUUUUUGUUAUCUCCAAUUUGGAUUAUUUGUCUUGCUUAUUAAGUAUAAAUGUUAAAAUUUUUCUGAUUUGGAUAUUUGUUGUGUAUAAUAUAUACCUACAAUAUUGGAUAUGUCUACAUUCACAUCACAGACUUGGUGAAGGUGCAGGAGGCAAAAAUUUGAAUAAUACACGGCACCAACGUGGACCAUAUUGAUAUGGAAGAAAAAAAACGCCACCACUUUUUGCAUUUACUUGCUACUUUUUGAAUGUCGCCAAACCUCUUACUGCUUUCUUGACCACCUUGAAUACCGCACAAAACAGCAUUUUUUUUUCAGUCAUGUUUUCCCACCCCCACACACGCACAGUGAUGAAUGGUAACAACUACAUAAAAAGUCAAUUUCUGAAUUAUACGGGAAUUCAUAGAAGUUGAAUGGGUUGGGAAUUCAUAUGAGGAAAGAUGGUGAUAAGCACCAUGCAGAAGCAAGAUACAGUACGUGUGCAUUAGGAUUAGCAAAUUGGCAGGUGAAUUUGACAUCUAUGCUGCCAUAAAUUACAGCGUUCCAAUAAAGAGU